AUGACAUACGGGUCCGAGGGGACGCUGGUCCAGCUAAGUGAUGGAGCCCGUCUAUUCGUCAGAGAACUGGGGGAUGGCGACAGAUCCAAGCAGCUUGUGAUUGCCUUGCAUGGUGGCCCAGGGCUUUCCGACCACCGAGAAUCAGAGGCCUCCUUUGGAUUCCUCGCUCCACGGUUCCGAGUUUUGGUUUGCGACGCGCGAGGGAGUGGCAUGAGUGAUCUCAAGGGCCCCUUUACCCAUGAAAGGUGGGCUGCUGAUGUGGAUGAGCUCAGGAUCCGGGCCGGCUCCGAGCCAAUCAUUCUGGCCGGGGGCUCUUAUGGCGGAAUCGUCGCUUUAGAGUAUGCCAUCAAGCAUCCCAACCAUGUCUCUGCCCUCCUCCUUCGUGAUACUUGGGCUUCGGGCCCCAAGGGCACCAUGUGGAGCCUCAAGUCGUCCUUGACGCAUCCUCGAGUCAAGGCCGACGCGGAUCGCCAGUACAGAACCUGGACAGGCGCAUUGAAGAGCAACGACGACCUACGUGCCUCCGUUUUCGAGACCAUGCCCAUGUACUUGCUCGAGACACCAGGCAGCGGGCCUACAAAAGCCGCUGUCCAUCCUGGCGAACUGAACUUGCAUUAUGAAACACACAACUUCUCCAUGAGCUACAACCAACCUCGCUUUGACGUGCGCCAAAAACUCGCCGAUGUUUCUGUUCCAACACUGAUAUUGGUCGGGAGACAUGAUCCUAUCGCACCUGUACAGUUUAGCGAAGAGAUACACCGGCUGAUGCAGAACUCGCAACUUGCAAUCUUCGAGCAUUCCGGGCACAACCCUGGCAUGGAAGAACCCGAGGCUUUCCGGCAUAGAGUGGCCAUGUUUCUGGAUUCUUUCAGGCUGUAG